AUGUACACCUUCCUGCCCAAGAACUUCACGCCAGUGAAGCAAAAGCCCUCCAAGGAGCUGAGGCCCAUGCUUGGGGCCAUCAUGCUGGGCCUCAUCCUGUUCAUUGUCGUGGUGGUGGCCUGGUGCUACUACAUGGUGUCCCUGCGGAAGGCGGAGCGGCUCAAGACGGAGCUGAUGGACCUGCAGGCAGAUGGCUUCAUCAUCAGGAACCAGCAUGGAGAGGUGGUCUUCUGUCUGGCCUUCUGCUCGGGCAACCUCGACCUGGAGUCGUGCUCCAAGGAGGGUGAGAUUUUGAGCUGCACGUGGUUGGGCGGGGGGCCGCUGAACUUCUUCAUCCAGACGGUGAAGCCCAAAGACACGGUGAUGUGCUACCGCGUGCGCUGGGAGGAGCUGGCAGCCAGCCUGGCGGUGGAGCACACCAUGUUCUGGGAGGGCGCCCACUGGUACGGGGUCGAGUUGAGCACCCAGCACUGGCCCAUCCACCUGGCUGGCUACCAGGAGCCCAUGCCCUACGUGACGAGCGACAUCUACUCCUUCCGUGACAGCUUUGGCGGCAUCCUGGAGCGCUACUGGCUCUCCUCCAAGGUGACGGCCAUCAAGAUCAACGACUCCGUGCCUUUCCACCUGGGCUUCAACGCCACCGAGCGUGCCCUCUUCUUCCAGGCCUGCUACAAGGACUCGCCCUACAAGCCCCCGCUGGGGCAGCAGCCCUUCCCCGAGCUCAGCUACCGCAUGUGCGUGGGCUCUGACGUCACCUCCAUCCACAAGUACAUGGUGCGCAGGUACUUCAACAAGCCCUCCAAGAUCCCGGCCGAGAAUGCCUUCCGCUACCCCAUCUGGUCCACCUGGGCCCUCUACAAGAACAAUAUCGACCAGGAUAAACUCUUGUGAUUUGCUGAAAACAUUAAGAAGUACUGUUUUAACUGCAGCCACAUUGAAAUCGAUGACAUGUACAUGCAAGCCUAUGGGGACUUUGACUUUGACCCCAUCAAGUUCCCCAACGUAACAGAGAUGUUUGCAAAACUGAGAGAUGGGUUUAAGGUCACCCUGUGGACUCAUCCUUUCAUAAACUACAAUUCCUCCAAUUUUGGGGUGGGGAUCGAGCAUCAGCUGUUCAUCAAGGAGCUGUUGGGGCAGCUGCCAGCCAUGGUGGAGUGGUGGAAUGGCAUUGGGGCCAUCCUGGACUUCACCAACCCAGUGGCCUGGGACUGGUUCCAGAGCCACCUGUGCCAGCUCCGCCACAAGUACGGCAUCUCGUCCUUCAAGUUCAACGCGGGCGAGACCAGCUACCUGCCCAAGCAGUUCAGCACCUUCCAGCUGCUCUUGGACCCCAGCAUCUGGUCGCGGCACUACACGGAGAUGGCCAUCCCCUUCUACGAGCUGGCUGAGGUGCGGGUGGGCUACCAGUCGCAGAACAUCUCCUGCUUCUUCUGCAUCAUUGACCACAACUCCAUCUGGGACUACGAGCUUGGCCUCAAGUCCCUCAUCCCCACGGUGCUCACCAUCAGCAUGCUGGGGUACCCCUUCAUAUCCGCUGACGUUAGGGGGAAUUUUUUCCCCAAUAAGACAGACGGGGCGGUGGAUCCCGACCGGGAGCUAUACGUGCGGUGGCUGGAGCUCGCUUUUAUGCCCUCCAUGCAGUUCUCCAUCCCGCCCUGGCUCUACAACAAGGAGGUGGUGGAGAUCGCACAGAGGUUCACAGAGCUCCACGAUUCGCUGGUGGCCCCACUGCUGCUGGAGCUGGCCGGGGAGGUCACUGACACGGGCGACCUCGUCAUCCAGCCCAUCCGGUGGAUCUCACCCCGCGACGAGGCCACUCACAGAAUCGACUCCCUCAUCGGGGACACCCUCAUGGUGGCACCUGUCCUGGAGAUGGGCAAGCAGGAGCGUGAUGUCUACCUGCCAGCGGGCAAGUGGUGCAGCUACAAGGGGGAGUUGUUUGAGAAGGCUCCGGUGCUGCUCAUGAACUAUCCCAUCGACCUGGACAAAGUCACCUAUUUCCUCUGGGUUUCCUAACAGGCUCCUCCAUCAGCUUUGCAAUGGUCUCAGGGAUUAAUUAACCAAUUACUUUAAUGAUCUGGGAAUUUUAAUAGUUUUUAAAGUAGAAAUACCUUUGUAUGAAAUUCGAAAAACAUU